CUCCACCCUAAAAUAACUUAGGUAUGAUUUAGGCAGUGUGGGAGAUGAAGAGGGAGAGUCUGCUAGAGUAUGUUCCUGAAAGUUGCUAUUGUUGCUGUCAUCUUUGGCUAAUGUGAUGACUUUCAUACGCAAAUUUAAAAUUUCAGUGUUCCUCUGAGGCAUGUUGUGCCAAGUUGGGCUGCAUAACUCACCUUUGUUUUUUUCCUUCCCUUUAUUCCUCCUGCUUUUUUCCUCCAGCUAUGCUUCCUGUGUCUUCAGCCUUGAGUGUCACUGCUGCCUUAGGGCAGCCUGAACCUACCCUACCCCCUCCUUGCUCCCUGGCAUCCCAACAGUGCCCUCUGGCAACCCCUAACCAAUCUUCCCCAUUCCUUUCUCCAUCACCUGUUGCCUCAGCAACCCCCUUUGAAAGUCCUCUUCCCCAGUCACCCUCUGGAACAACCCUGCCUUUAGGGGCUGUCCCUGAUACCCCAACUUUCCUACCACAUCUAAUAGGGCCCCCAAUUUCACCAGCUGCCUUAGCUCUGGCCUCUCCCAUGAUAUCUACAACUCUAAAAGGUGCCCACUGCUCUUCAGCUCCCUUGGCUCUGGUGGCCUUGGCUCCCCACUCAGGUCAAAAAAGCUCUGCUUUUCCACCACACCCUCUGACUACAUCAGUUGGUAUAAAGGACUCAGGACCAGUGACAUCUCUAUCAGCUCCUAUUCCUUCCUUAGAACCAAAGACCUCCCCUACUGAAGCUCCCUCUCAAGAAGUCCCAACACCAAAAGCUCCCCCCAUCUCUCCAGGUUUAGUUAGUGCUGGUCCAUCCCAUUUUGUUACUCCCUUGGCCCCUGUUCAAUCUGAAGUAGCCUCAUGUUUUCAGGCUCUACCUGCUACUUCCCUUGCUCUCACUUCCCCUCAGAUCAAAGGCAUCCCUAUUUCCUCAGCUCUCACCUCUCCACAGAACCUUGUGGACCUCAGCCUAAAGAGAGGACCCCUUAAUCCACCAGCCACCUUAUCUCUUUCGCCCUCAUCUAUUCCUGUGACUUCCAACACUCCCUCAGUUUUGCAUACUUCUCUGGGCUCCCACCUUGCACAGUUAAAUCAGAUUUCUCCUGGUUCUCUUAUCCAAUCUUUAGCUCAGACAGGCCCAAAUGUCCUGUCUGAUCCACAAGUAGCUCAUCCUGUAGGGGAACCUUGCUCUCAGAAAUCUGUAAGUUCUCCUCUUCCUUCCAAAAAUGAGACGAUUCCAACUUCUUUGGCUUCUUUUCCAGUGGAGACUCCAACUUUCUCUUUGACUUUUCCUCAAGGUCCUUCUCCCUCCACUAGCAUAGCUUCUUAUACCCUUUCUGGUUCCUCUGCUGUUGCUGCCUCUUCUCUGCCAUUAUUUUCUACAGCUUCUCUCACCAAAGGUUUUUCUAAUACUAGUCAUCAUCAGUCUUCUGUGGGAACCACCCCACCAGUAAAGACUAAUACCUCUGUACCUUCUGUUGCACCUACUACUACUUCUACUCAGGUAGCUUCUUGUGUUUCUCCAGUUUCAUCUGGUCUCUCAAACAGUAAGGACACCACUUCCCAUGCUGCUUUGGCUGUGACAGCAUCUUUGACUUCCAAACAGCUUUCUGUUUCUACAGUAGCAACUACUCUGGGAAUACCAGCCUCUCCUUUACCUACUCCUGAGGACCCCAGAAGUGUCCCUACUUCGAGGUUGGUCAAGUUCCCAGCCCAGAAAGAUCUCCAAACUGUACCCGCCUCCCUUGAAGGAAUCCCUGUUUCACCAAUCCAAGCAGGACUCCCAACUUCAUUACCAUUAGCCCUGGCAGCUGCUAAAAAUUCCAUCUCUCCUCAGAAUACAUCAUCUUCUGAAUCCCUCGUAGCAAAGAAAAGCCUUACAGAGCCUCUCCCUGGAGCUAAGUCAUCCACUUCUCCUGUGAGUGGCAGUUCCCCCACAUUUAUGAUCAAGACAGAUACUUUUGCAAGUCCAGGCCCUGCUGGUGCUCAACCUACAAGUCCUCUCACUGCCCCAACAGUAACCACAUUUCCUCUGGGUAGUACUAUCACAGUUGGUGUGGCUUCUGCCGGUGCCAAAGGCAGCUGUCCUACAACUGUAGCCAGCGCUUUGUUGGAUGGAGCUGACUCUUUAGCUUCUAAAAGCCAGUCUGCCCAAAAGGGCACUCCUCCUGCUUUACCCUUGAUGGUUCCAACCUCAGAAAUUUGCCCUGUAACUUCAUCUAUGACUUUACCCCAGAAUGUUUUGGGUGCUAUAGGACAGACCUCUGCAGUUCUCAAGUCUGAGCUUGCUCACUCUUCUCCAACUGGUCCUUCAGAAGCAAAAAAAAAUGUUGGUAUUUCUCAAACCUCAGCUUUGACAUCUGAGGUUUUUAAUAAAGGAUUCCCAUUUGAGGAUCCCAAUACUUCGGUUACUGAAUCUUCCAAAGGAAUUAACCUAGCCAGCCCCCCAUCUUCUUUAGGGCCUAGUAUGUCUCCUCAAACUAAAAGACUUCCAACCAAAAAUGAUUCAGUUACUUCUUUCCUUCCAGAAGUCAAUCUCACUUUUCAGGACCCUAAAGAAUUACUAACCAAAAAAUACCCUUCUACUCUUCCCUCCCCCAAAGGAGCCCCACCCCCUCCACCUCCCAAAAUGGCUUCUUCUCCCCCAGCUAAGGCUCCUGUCUCCCUCAAAGAGUCCCUGCCAAUCCCAUUCAUCAAAGGAACCCCUACCCCCUCAACUGCAACUCCUCCCUCAUCCAAAAAGUCCCCAGCACCUCCAUCCCCAAAAGAACCCUCAACUUCCUCAGAUGUGAUCCCACCUUUCCCCAAAAGAACCCCAGAUAUGCCAUUUCCUGAAGACUCCUUCACUCCUUCGGCGUCUCCCUCUCAAACAACUCCAGCAAUUUCAUUAUCCCAGGGGGCCUCUGCUAGCUUAACUACGUCUUCUCCCUCCCCCAAAGAGUCUCCAGCUCCCAAAGGGACCCCAGUAAUCCCAGUUGCCAAAGAAGCCUCUGUUCCUAUAGCUGAGUCCCCCAAGAAGUUUCCGACCACUAAAGGUGUCCCAGCUUUUAAAGAUACUCCUGCUCUCUCAGCUCAAUCCUUCAAGGAUUCCCCAACCCCCAAGGGGCCUCCUGAUACAUCAGCUGAACUGCUCAAAGAGACAACAGCCUCCAAAAAGGCACCAGCUACCCUAGUCUCUGAAGAGGCCCCUUCUUCCCCAGCACAGCUUCCCAAGGAGUUCUCAGCCUCCAAAAAAGGACCAGUUUCCCCUGGCUCCAAAGGGAACUUCUCUCCUUCAGCUCAGUCACUCGAGUCAGAAGCCCUCAAAGUGGCCCCAACUUCUAAAGAUACUCCCACUCCCUCAGCUCAACCUCCUAAAGGGACUCCAGCUUCCAAAAAGGCACCAACCCCCAAACAGGACCCCACUCCUUCCACUCAGCCCCCCAAGGAGUCUCUGGCAUCCAAGGGGGCCCCAACUUCUGAAGAUACCCCCCCUCCCUCAGCUCAACCCCCUAAAGAGUCCUCAAUCCCCAAGGGAACUCCAGCUUCCAAAAAGGCACCAGAUGCCCCAACCUCCAAAGAGGCCCCCAUUCCCUCAACUCAGUCACCCAAGGAGUCUCCAACCCCCAAGGGGGCCCCAACUUCUAAAGAUGCCCCCACUCCCUUAGCUCAAUCCCCUAAAGAAACCUCAGCUUCCAAAAAGUUACCAACUACAUCCUCCAAACAGGAACCCAUUCCUUCAACUCAGUCUCCCAAAGAGUCACUAGCAUCCAAGGGGCUCCCAACAUCUGAAGAUAAUCCCCCUCCCGUAGCUCAGUCCACUAAAGAACCCCCAGUCCCCAAAGGGACUCCAGCUUCCAAAAAGACAUCAACCCCCAAACAGGAACCCACUCCUUCAGCUCAGCCCCCCAAGGAGUCUCUGGCAUCCAAGGGGGGCCCAACUUCUGAAGAUAACCCCACUCCCUCAGCUCAACCCCCUAAAGAGUCCCCAAUCCCUAAGGGGACUCCAGCUUCCAAAAAGGCACCAACUGCCCCAACCUCCAAAGAGGCCCCCAUCCCCUCAACUCAGUCCCCCAAGGGGGCCCCAACUUCUAAAGAUGUCCCCACUCCCUUAGCUCAACCCCCCAAAGAAACUUCAGCUUCCAAAAAGGCACCAACUACCCCUAAUUCCAAAGAGGCUCCCACUCCCUCUGCUCAGCCCCCCAAGGAGUCUCCAGUCCCCUCAGGGGCCCCAACUUCCAAAGAUGCCCCUACUCCCUCAGCUCAACCCCCCAAAGGAGCUUCGGCUUCCAAAAAGGCCCCCAAAGGGACUACAGCCUCCAAAAAGGCACCAACUACCCCAACCUCCAAGGAAGUCUCCAUUCCCUCAGAUCAGCCCCCCAAGGAGUCUUUAGCUUUCAAAGAGGCCCCAGCUUCUAAAGAUACCCCCACUUCCUUCACUCAACCCCCUAAGGAAUCCCAAAUCCCCAAGGGAGCCCCAACAUCAGAAGAUACUUCCAUUCCCUCAAUCCAACAAUCUAAAGAACUGCCAGCCCCAAAAAAGACUUCAGCUUCCAAAAAGGCAUCUACCCCAACCCCCAAAGAGGCCCCCACUUCCUCAGCUCAGCCCCCCAAGGAGUCUCAAACCCCCAAAGGGGCUUCGGCUUCCCAAAAGGCCCCAUCCUCCAAAGAGGCCCCCUCUUCUUCAAUUCAGCCUCCCAAGGAGUCUCCAGCCCCCAGAGGGGCUUCAGCUUCCAAAAAGGCCCCAAUUAUCUCAACCUCUGAAGAGGCCUCCACUCUCUCAACUCAACCCCCUAAGGAAUCUCCAGUUUCCAAAGAGGCCCCCACUUCUUCAACUCAACCUCCCAAGGAGUCUUCAGCCCCCAAAGGGGCUCCAGCUUCCAAAAAGGCAUCAACUUCCAAAGAGGCUCCUAGUCUCCCAGCUCAACCCCCUGAGUCCCCAGCUCCCAAAGUGGCACCACCUUCCAAAAAGGCCCCAACAACUCCAAUCUCCAAAGAAGUUCCAACUCCUUCAUUUCUGAUUCCUGAGUCCACCAAUGUCAUCCCAGUAUCAAAAGACCUCUCCAUUCCUUCAGCCCAGCCCCCUGAAGUAUCCACAGCCCCCAAACAUGCAGUAGCAAUUCUAGCCUCCAAUGAGGCCCCUACUUCAACUCUGCCUCCAAAGGAAUCCCCAGACCCCAAAGAGCCCCCUAAAACAACACCUAUUUCUAUUCCCUCUGCUCUGAUUCCUCAGUCUCCGAAAGGGGGCCCAGCAACUCCCACCUCCAAAAGGACAUCAACUUCCCCAGUCAGCAAAGACCUGCCCUCGGUUCAACCUGCCAAGGACUCUGUAACCCUCAAAGGCACCCCAGCAAUUUUAUCCAAUGAGGCCUCUGCUCCCUCUUUGGAGUCUCCAGCCUCCAAAGAGGUCCCCACAUCCUCUGUUCAUACUCCCAAGAAAUCCCCAGACCUCAGCAGAACCCCAACAACUCCAUCAGCCAAAAGAACGACAACUACCCGAGCUGCUAAGGGGGCUUCCACUUCUGUAGCUCUUUCCUCCCCUGAAGAAUCCCCAGGGUCAGAUUCCCUUCAGGCAUCUAAAAUGCUCUCAAUUCAGAAAAACACAACUUCUCAAAAAGGUUCACCAGCUAGUAAGAGUCCUACUUUAGAUCCCCCAGCCAAGAGAGGCACCGGAGAAGCCCUGGCUACAGCGCUGGCAGCUCCCCCUCUGAGGGGCUCUUCCAAGACUACAGAGACCCUCCCUAUUUCACCCUUAAAGGGCAAAGAUGCUUUGAGUUGCCCCUUGGUUCCUCCUGGGUCUGAAGCAUCUACUCCUGUAGCUGUACCUGCUGCUGAGAAGGGCCUGCUUAGGGCUGGAUCAGCGUCUGUCUCUGCAGCACCCACUCCUUCAGCCUCUCUGCCUCUUGCUCCCUCCCCAGUCCCCCCUCUGCUUCCCAAACAGCAAAUUCUGCCGUCCUCACCUGGGCUGGUACUGGAAUCACCCUGUAAGCCCUCAGCCCCUGCUGAUGAGGAUGAGCUGCCGCCUCUGAUUCCCCCGGAACCAAUCUCGGGGGGAGUGCCUUUCCAGUCGGUCCUCGUCAACAUGCCCACCCCCAAACCUGCUGGGAUCCCUGUCCCAGCCCCCUCUGCCAAGCAGCCUGUUCUGAAGAACAACAAGGUCUUUGUUGAUGCUUGGCUUUUCAAUUAA